AUGUCGCAGGAUGAGGGGACAGCGGUGGUGGCGCAGGACGUUGCUGUGGAUGAAGUAGAGUUGGGCUCUGCUCCAUCCAAGAAGCAAUUGCAAAAAAAGGAGCGUGCACUGGCCGGCGCGCUGGCCGGGGAGCUGUCUGGCGAGCUGGCCCGCCUCGGCAGCGCCGUCCUCGACCAGAGCGGCGGCGGGACGCCCGCCCAGCGCGCAUGGGCUAAGCAGAAGCGGCGCGACCUGCGGCAGCUGACCGCCAAGGUGGCGGACCCGGGCGUACCCCUGGAGGAGCGCCUGCGCCUGCUGCAGCGCGCUCUCGCAUCCGAGGUGGAGGCGCACAUCGCGAUGGAGCAGCGCGCGCUCGCCGCGGAGGCGCGGACGGCGGCCGCCAAGCAGCAGGCCGACGCGGACGUCGCAAAGGCCAACGCGUCCGCGGCCGACAGCCGGGAGCUGACGCUCAAGCUGGAGCGCCUGUGCCGGCAGAUGCAGGAGCAGCUGCGGGUCGCCAACGAGGCGUCGGGGGGCUGGCAAAAGCGCUACCAGCUCAUGGAGCGGCAGGUCGACGCGCUCAAGGAGAUCACAUCGGUGUCGAAGCAGCAGCACGAGGCGCUCGAGACGCGCAACGCCGUCCUGGAGAAGGCCAACGAGUCUCUGCGGCAGCAGGCAGAGGACCUGGCGGAGCGCAUGGGCAAGCACCAGCAGCACCUCAGCGCCUUUGAGGACAUAAAGGCCCAAAUCCAGGAGCACGGCAAGAUGUUUGAGACCUUUGACAGCAUGAAGGACCUGCUCAAGCGCCAGUCUGACGAGCACACCCUGCUCACAACGCACCUGGAGUCCAAGCAGCAGGAGGUCUCGGAGCUGCGGGACGCACUCGAGAAGGCAAAGCAGGUCAUUGAGCUACAGGAUGCGACCAACAAGCAGGCCAGGGCGGAGUAUGAUCGGCAGGCCAAGGAGUACACCCAGUCGGUCAAAAAUGCCAAAAAGGGCACUCCGCGUGAGGCACUCAGCGCGCACCCCCACCCUGCACCCCCUAGCCAAUAUCCUGCCCCCUAA